AUGGUGUGCAUCUUGAGUAUCUUCCAGGCCUUUGCAGUUGGCCCUAUGGCCGAUGGUUGGAAGAUCUUAAAGUCAAACCUUCCAGCUCUGUCUACACAUGAGACCCCGAGUUUCCUGCUACAGCAGAGCAUAGAAGGUUCUUUCCAGAGCUGGACACGGCACAGAUACAAAGAUAGUGCUGUUGAGAUAUUACACUUAUGCACAGACUGGGACAAUGAUGGGGAGAGUGAAGGACCUCAAAGAAAUCCUGGACGAUACACCCAAACCAAGGUAAUUGCCCUUAAUGAGAAUCUCACUGCCCCAAAUGGUGAAGGACAUAAACCGCUGCAGAAAACCUCCCUUUUUAAGUCAACUGUUUCUGCAGAGCAGUGGGUCUCUGUCAGCACAAGCUCCAAUCAGAUAUUCAACCAUAACGAUUUGUGGACAGACCAUUUGGAACAUCUGGAAAGUAAUGUAGUCCCUGCUGAAAAUAAUGAUUUGAGCCAUUUGGAAGAUAGGAUUGGCCUGACCUUAAAUCAGAAAUUUAGAAAUGAAGAACAAAGUCUUCAGUUGGAUCCAUAUGAGAGGGACUUCACUGAAGAGUUGACCCGACAGUAUGACCAGAGGGUUUCCACUAGAGACAAAAUUGCUCAAUGCACUGAAUCUGAAAAAACAUUGAACCAGGGCUCUAGGGUUCACAGAUGUGUCAGGGCUAGGUUUGCAGAGAACCAUUAUGAAUGUGAUAAAUGUGGGGAAGGCUUUCAUCCAAGCUCUAACCUCACUAUACAUAAUGGUCACCAUUUGGGAGACAGUCCUCAUAAAUAUAAUGAAUGUGGGAAAGCUCGUAACCAGUCCUCCAGUGUUGGUGAUCAUCAGAGAAUUCAUGAGGGAAAAAGCCCAUUCACAUGUAAUAAACCAGAGACCAUGUUUAGUCAGUCAUCAAGCCUAAACAUCAAUGAGAGAAUUCAUACUGGAGAGAAACCUUACCAAUGUCAAAAAUGUGGCAAGGCCUUUAAACGCCUUUCACACGUUUCUCAACAUCAUAGAAUUCAUACUGGAAAGAAACCUUACCAAUGUCAGGAAUGUGGCAAGGCCUUUACCUGGAGGUCAGGUCUUGCUGAGCAUAAAAGAAUUCAUUGUGGAGAAAAUCCUUACCAAUGUGAAGAAUGUGGCAAGCCCUUUAAGGAUAGUACAACUCUUAUUGAACAUUACAGAACUCAUACUGGACAGAAACCUUACCGAUGUCAAAAAUGUGGCAAAAGCUUUAAUUGGAAGUCAUCCCUUAUUCAACAUUACAGAUCUCAUACUGGAGAAAAACCUUACCAAUGUCAAAAAUGUGGCAAGUCCUUUAACCGGAGGUCAUCCCUUAUUAAACAUCACAGAAUUCAUACUGGAGAGAAACCUUAUCAAUGUCAAAAAUGUGGCAAGGCCUUUUGUUACAAGUCAUCCCUUACUCAGCAUCAUAGAACUCAUACUGGAGAGAAACCUUACCAAUGUCAAGAAUGUGGUAAGGCCUAUGCCGUCCCUUCACAACUUACUAAACAUCACAGAAUUCAUAGUGUGGAGAAACCUUACCAAUGUCAAGAAUGUGGCAUGGCCUUUAUCUACAGCUCAGCCCUUAUACGACAUCACAUAAUUCAUAGUGGAGAGAGACCUUACCAAUGUCAUGAAUGUGGCAAGAGCUUUAAACGGAGUUCAUACCUUAUUCAACAUCACAGAACUCAUACUGGAGAGAAACCUUACCAAUGUCGGGAAUGUGGCAAGCCCUUUAGGGACAGCUCACCUCUUAAUGAGCAUUACAGAACUCAUACUGGAGAGGAUCCUUACCAAUGUCAGGAAAGUGGCAAGGCCUUCAAGGUGAACUCACACCUCAGUCGACAUAGCAGAGCUCAUACCAGAGCGUAA